AUGAGUUUUUCCUGCACACUACAUUCAAUAUCUUUCUUUUGCUUUAGGACUCCCAAAUCCCAUUCAUUUUUCCGCUCCACUCUACCGUGAAAUCGCCAUUUUUCUGAGGGCCAAAGCGCAUCACAGCGCCGUCUUCUUCUCCGCUACCCUUUACCGGCGCGAUGGAUUCUGCUCCGGAGGAUCGCCGGAGCCCCCGCGUCGGUUUGGCGUACGACGAGAGAAUGUGCCUGCACGCCACACCGGACGGGGAGAGCCAUCCGGAAAACCCUGAGCGAAUUAGGGCCAUAUGGAGGAAGCUGGAGGCGGAAGGCAUUCCCGAUAGGUGCGUAUUGCUUAAAACCAAGGAAGCUGAGGAUUCAAUUAUAGCAUCUGUGCAUACGAAGAAUCACAUAAAGCUGAUAAGAAAUAUCAGCUCUAAGGCAUUUGAAUUUCGACGUCUUAAGAUAGCCUCAAAGUUGAAUUCUAUUUAUUUUAACGAGGGGUCAUCUGAGGCAGCCUUCCUUGCUGCGGGGACUGUUAUUGAGGUUGCAGAGAAUGUUGCCAAAGGGGAUCUGGAUUCUGCCAUUGCUGUUGUUAGGCCUCCUGGUCAUCAUGCAGAAGCUAAUGAAGCUAUGGGUUUUUGCCUCUUUAACAAUGUAGCAAUUUCAGCAUCUUAUCUCUUGGAUAAGAGAGCAGAAUUAGGUAUAAAUAGGAUAUUGAUUGUGGACUGGGACGUUCAUCAUGGCAAUGGCACUCAAAAUAUGUUUUAUAGAGAUCCUAGGGUUCUUUAUUUCUCAGUACAUAGGUUUGAUUUUGGAACUUUCUAUCCAGCUGGUUGGGAUGGUUCUUAUUGCAUGAUUGGUGAAGAUCAGGGCGCAGGGUACAACAUAAAUGUCCCUUGGGAACAUGGUCAAUGUGGUGAUGCAGACUAUCUUGCUGUCUGGGACCACAUUUUGAUUCCUGUAACUGAGGCAUACAAUCCCGACAUAAUUCUAAUCUCUGCUGGAUUUGAUGCAGCCGUGGAUGAUCCACUUGGCGGUUGUUGUGUCACUCCAUAUGGUUAUUCAGUUAUGUUAAAGAAGCUAAUGAAAUUUGCUGAUGGAAAGAUUGUCUUGGCUCUCGAAGGUGGCUACAAUCUUAACUCUCUAGCUAAUUCUGUUUUUGCCUGUGCAAAAACAUUACUGGAAGGGAAGCCUGUUGCUGGAAACUUAGAGGGCAGGCCUUUUGAAUCCACAUGGCGUGUAAUCAAUGAGGUUCGUAAUGAACUAAAAACUUACUGGCCAGUAUUUUCUGUUGAUUUGCCUAAAGAGAUUCUGAUUGCCAACGCCAAACCUUACCAAAUUCAGGAGAUCAACUCUAGCUCUGAUUCUGAUGUGGAGAAGGAUCCUCAACCUUCGAACGCUAUAAACUCUUUCAUGAACAAUGAAGUUGGGGAUUUGAUUUCACCUCUUUCAAAAUUAAAUGUCGACGAAGAAAAUUCUGGAGAAUUGCCUGCUUUAAGAUCUCAGCAAAACCUAGCGGUCCCAUCUAAAGGUUCUGUAUGCAAUAGUUAUGUUCCUUGGAGAUCAUCUUUGUCCAAGGUUGAUGUUUGGUAUGGCUCUUAUGGAUCAAAUAUGUGGAGACCGAGGUUUCUCUGCUACCUUGAAGGAGGAAAGGUGGAAGGCAUGAACAAUCCUUGUCAAGGCGCAAUGGACAAAACUCCGCCAAAAUAUAUCACUUGGAAAUCUGUGCCCCAUCGACUAUUCUUCACGAGAUCUUACACCCAUACAUGGGGCCAUGGCGGCGUUGCUUUUCUUAAUCCUCAAAGCAGUAUAAAUGAGAAAACUUUUAUGUGCCUUUAUAAAAUAACACUUGAGCAGUUCAACGAUAUACUGAUCCAGGAAAAUAUUGCUAAUGAGCAGUUUGAAUCGCCAUUUGUGGCUCCUGAAGAUAUAGAAUUCAUUGUGAAAAAUGGAUCUCUGCGUGUAGAAUCUCUCAAGGGUGGAUGGUACUCCAACGUGCUUUAUUUGGGAGAACAGGAUGGCAUUCCAAUUCUCACCAUGACAUGUUCAGCUUCAGAUGUGGAGCAAUUGAAAUCUGGGGAGUUACCUGUUUGUGCUCCAUCAAAAGCCUAUGAGAAUACUCUAUUGAAAGGAUUAUUAGAAGAAGGCACAAGACUUUCCACUGAGGAAGCCAUUGGUUAUCUCAAGGAUGCUGUUACCAGAAAAUUAUGAUUAUGAAAACUCCUCACCUUCAAAUUGCAUUACAUUUAAUUGUUAGAUUGGAUAUGUGUAUGUUAUAUUAUGGAUGUGUUUGGAUCUGUGAAAGCUUGUGUAUUGGAUGCUGUUUACAGUAGUUAUGUUAAUGAUGAAGAACAAA